CCUACUGGCAUCACUUACGUGAAGUCGUCUACUUCUAUGUCUUCUCCGUCUAGUUUUGCCAUGCGAAGAUUCUCCCAUCUCUCGGCAGUACGUCACACUGCGUCCGGUCCAGCGACCGCGGGGCAGCAUGUCAUGCCCCACCAUCCUCGACAAUCUUAUGCCGCAGAAUAACACGCAACAGGACAGAACCUUUUUUUCAACUCAUAUUAUUUCCUCCAACCCGUGAUAUCUUUUAUCUAUUCAAUCACUUCAUAUCAUGUCGCUCACAGCUUCGUCCGCCGAGGAGGCUGCCUCCUCCGCCAAGACGGCCUCUUUCACUCUGGCCACCCUGUCAGUCGAGGACCGCAACGCAGCUCUCGAGACCAUUCACAACGCCCUCCUGGAGGCCAAGGACGACAUUCUCGCGGCUAAUGCCAAGGACCUGGAGCUCGCCAGGAAAGCGGCCGCCGACGGCUCGCUCAGCAACGCUCUGGUGUCGAGGCUGGACCUUGGGCGGAAGGGCAAGUUCGACGACAUGCUCAAGGGCAUCCUGGACGUUCGUGGCUUGGAAGACCCCAUCGGCAAGGUCCAGAUGAGGAGCAAGCUCGCGGACGACCUCACGAUGGAGCGUGUGACCUGUCCCAUUGGCGUGCUGCUCAUCAUCUUCGAGGCCCGCCCCGAGGUUAUCGCCAACAUUGCCAGUUUGGCCAUCAAGUCGGGCAACUCGGCCAUCCUCAAGGGCGGCAAGGAGUCCACCGAGUCGUUCGUGGCCAUCUCAAAGGUCAUCUCUGCGGCUCUCGAGAAGACUGCCGUCCCCAACGGUGCCAUUCAGCUCGUCACCGCACGCGACGUCAUCGCCCAGCUUCUCAGCCAGGACCGCCACAUUGAUCUGGUCAUCCCCCGUGGAGGCAACGAGCUCGUCAGGUACAUCAAGGAGUCGACCAAGAUCCCCGUCCUGGGCCAUGCCGACGGCAUCUGCCACGGCUACCUGACGGCCUCUGCCGACAAGGACAAGGCCAUCGGUGCCAUUGUGGACUCCAAGACCAGCUAUCCCGCGGCGUGCAAUGCCCUGGAGACACUGCUCGUCCAGGAUGCGGCGCUGCCCACGGUGUUGCCCGGUGUCGCCGCGGCCCUCGUCGAGAAGGGUGUCACACUGCGCUGCGACCCCGCCAGCAAGGCCGCCCUCUCCUCGAUCCCUGCCGAGUCCAUCCAAGAUGCCACCCCCGAGGACUACGACACGGAGCACCUCGCCCUCAUCCUCACCGUCAAGACGGUGCCCGGCGUGGACGAGGCCAUCUCGCACAUCAACGCCCACGGCAGCCACCACACAGACGUCAUCUACACCUCGGACAGCGCGCUCGCCGAGCGCUUCAUGAACGAGGUCGACUCGGCCGGCGUGUACUGGAACGCCUCCUCCCGUCUGGCCGACGGCAUGCGCUAUGGUUUCGGUACCGAGGUCGGCAUCAGCACAAACAAGAUCCAUUCUCGCGGCCCCGUCGGUCUGGAGGGACUCACCAUCUACAAGUACAAGAUCAGGGGCGACUAUCAGCCCACCACUGGCUACGGCACUGGCGAGGGCCAGAAGCCAUGGAAGCACGAGCAGCUGCCUUUGUAAGGCCAGGGGGUGGUGGCCAAAAGUUUGGGCGUUUUUGUGUCUUGGGCAUAGAUUUAACGUAGCGACGUAUCAUAGUAUACCAUACUCAACCA